CAUCUUUCAGGAUAAUUGAACCGAAUGUUAGCCACCCUGGUAUGUUGCUGUCACAAAUCUUGACCUGGCAAAGCCUGUUGCUGAUGAAUACAUCAUAAGAGCGUCAAGAAAACUGCCCUACUGGAAACAGCAACUUUCCUUGCCUCCUUGGUCAAUUAAAAGGCCGACAUGGCUUUCCGAAGGGCAGCAAAGGGAACUGCUCUCAUUGGAGGUGGGCUUCUGGCCACAAUCUACGGUCUUUCUGAACUGGCACAAUACAGGAGGAAGCAGGCCCAGCUGGCGAAUGUGAAAGCAGUUGAACUGGCAGACAUUCCUUUCAAAGAUCAGUUUCCAUCCAGGCAGGCCCAGCUCUCUGCACUGCAGAGCACAGAGGAGUUUGAUGUCCUGAUCGUGGGAGGCGGAGCCACAGGGUCAGGUUGUGCCUUAGACGCCGUCACUCGAAAUCUUAAAACUGCCCUUGUGGAACGAGAUGAUUUCUCAUCUGGGACCAGCAGCCGGAGUACCAAGCUCAUUCAUGGAGGAGUCAGAUAUCUGCAGAAAGCCAUCAUGAAAUUAGAUUAUGAACAGUACAUGAUGGUGAAAGAAGCACUACAUGAACGUUCCAACCUUCUAGACAUUGCACCUCACCUGUCUGCACCAUUGCCCAUUAUGCUCCCAGUGUACAAGUGGUGGCAGCUUCCUUACUACUGGGCUGGGAUAAAGAUGUAUGACUUGGUGGCUGGGGGACAAUGCCUGAAGAGCAGCUAUGUCCUCAGCAAGUCCAAGGCCCUGGAGCUUUUCCCCAUGCUGAAGAAAGACAAACUGGUUGGAGCUAUUGUCUACUAUGAUGGACAACACAACGACGCUCGAAUGAACCUCUCCAUUGCGCUCACUGCUGCCAGGUAUGGGGCUGCCAUUGCCAAUUACACUGAAGUGGUGCGCCUCCUGAAGAAGACCGAUCCCCAAACCGGGAAGGAGAGAGUUUGCGGUGCUCACUGCAGGGAUGUAAUAACAGGGCAGGAAUUUGAUGUCAGAGCCAAAUCUGUUAUCAAUGCCACUGGUCCAUUCACGGAUUCACUGCGGAAAAUGGACCAACCAAACACCCCCAAGAUCUGUCAGCCCAGUGCUGGGGUGCACAUUGUCAUCCCAGGCUAUUACAGCCCUGAUAACAUGGGGCUCCUGGACCCAGCCACAAGCGACGGACGGGUCAUUUUCUUCCUACCCUGGGAGAAAAUGACCAUCGCCGGGACAACAGACACCCCCACCGAUGUCACUGCCCACCCCAUACCCACGGAAGAGGACAUCAACUUCAUACUCAAUGAGGUCCGCCACUACCUGAGCCCCGAUGUGGAAGUUAGAAGAGGGGACGUCCUGGCAGCCUGGAGUGGAAUUCGCCCACUGGUCACAGACCCUAACUCCAAAGACACGCAGUCCAUAUGCCGCAACCACAUUGUUGAUGUCAGCGACAGCGGACUAGUCACCAUUGCUGGUGGGAAAUGGACUACCUAUCGCUCCAUGGCUGAGGAGACACUGAAUGAAUUGGUCAGUGUCCAUGGCCUGAAGGCGGGACCUAGUAAAACCAUGGGCUUGAUGCUGGAGGGAGCUAAAGACUGGACCCCAACCAUGUACAUCCGUCUGGUCCAGGACUAUGGCCUGGAGGUUGAGGUUGCCCAGCAUCUGGCAUCAACAUAUGGAGGGAGAGCUUUUGAAGUCGCCAAGAUGGCGCAUGUUACUGGACAGAGGUGGCCAAUAGUAGGGAAAAGGCUUGUAUCUGAAUUCCCUUACAUUGAGAGUGAGGUGCUGUAUGCAAUAAAGGAGUAUGCAUGCACAGCCACCGACGUGAUUGCACGCCGCACGCGCCUUGGCUUCCUGAAUGUACAAGCGGCAGACGAGGCCCUGCCUCGCAUCGUGGAAAUCAUGGGGAAGGAGCUGGGCUGGAGCGACCAGAAACAGAAGGAGGAGCUGGCCACUGCUAAACAGUUCCUGUAUCACGAGAUGGGUUACAAGUCCCGGUCAGAGCAGCUGACCAACACGUCUGAGAUCACCCUCACAACUUCAGAGGUUGAAAGGUACAAGAAGCGAUUCCACAAAUUUGACAAGGAAUGCAAGGGAUUUAUCACCACUGUAGAUGUCCAGCGGGUGUUAAAGAACAUCGGCAUCCAAAUUGAUGAAAAUGCACUACACGAAAUUCUCAACGAAGUUGAUCUCAACAAAAACGGACAGGUUGAACUCAACGAAUUCUUGCAGCUCAUGAAUGCCGUGAAGAAAGGUCAGGUAUCCGACAGCCGCCUGGCCAUCCUGAUGAAGACUGCGGAGGAGAGCCUGGACCAGAGGGAGCCCGUGUCUGUGGACCGGAGUUGUGGAGGAGUGUAAGCCCAGCAGUGCCUUAUCCAACCGUGCUCUCCGGUCGCAGAGUCGUCGUCCCCUCCCCCUCCAUUCACUGCUUUACUGCCGUCUUCUCCCAAAGUGACUGAACUUACAUAUACACAGCUGAAUGUUUCUCUGAAUGCACACUCCCUGAUUUCCUGAAUACGCACAUCCCCGAUUCCGCUAUGAUACGCACGUUUACCCUCCACAAGUUCUCAUCUGCUACCUCUCCUUUUAUAUGUUAUUUGAAUGAUCCUCUGCACUCCAUUUAUUUCUGCUGUUUUUCUUAUGUAUUUAAAUGACUUUGGAUCUUUAUAACAGACAUGUCUCAUAUUUUUAGUGUGAAUUAUUUAUCCAAACGUAUUGGUGGUUAUUCUUGGGGAAUGUUUUUGUUUCUAAGCAAGCGUAUUUGAAUGUCAUGUAUGGAGCUCACACUGUUAUAAGGAACUUCCUGAAGUGCUUACUGAUUUACUGAACAGGUCAGUUCAAAGCCAAUGCGUGUUGUAUACCAUGUUACUGUGCCAUUUUAUACAUCUUGUGAUAUUUCCUGUAAAGCAAAACAAUCUCUUUGUUGCUACUAUUUUUAUACAUCAGUGUACUUGAAGCACACCCAAGAGGUUCCUGUUAUACAGUAUACAGUAUGACCAGAAUGUUACUGUUUUGAUUCAAUGUGACACUCAUUUGGAAAAUUACUGCAUUUUUCAUAAUUUAAUUUUUUUUAUUUUGCCAUUUUAAAGCAGCAACAUAUUGUAAAUGUAUCUUUUCAUUAAUACACUGAAACAUAUUCAGGCAGAAACCUAGUACAACCAAGACAAUAGAUGCAUGUGAUUAAUUUUUGGAGGCAUUGUGACAUUAUUUAAGCAUGCUUAAUAUAAUGAACUAUUGUGAUUGAUGCUGCCAUUUAAUUUCUACAUCUGUGCAUUUGGUGUUUUUAUUAAUAUUUAUGUAUUGCUUCGGGUAAUCAUAAGUGACUUGUAUUUAUGGUAUAAUAAGGGAAUAUACAGUGUAGUCCAUAGGUAUUUGGGCAGUGGUACAAUUUCUGUUCAUUUGGCUCUGUACUUCAGCACACUGUAACCUACUUCAGAGGUCUCAGCUUCUGAUUAGUCAGGUAUAUAAGAAAUCUUUCACUAUCUUGUCUUU